AUGGGGCAAGAAAGCCUGGCCCUUGGCUGGGCCGUGGCAGCCAUCCUGGCACUACAAGCCUUGGCAGCACACCAUAACCCUCACACCCUGGGUAGCGAAGCUGGGGUGUUCGCAGACCUGAGCGCCAAGGAGAUGAAAGCUGUGCAUGGCUUCUUAUCAUCCCAGAAGACGCUGGGUUUGCAGACAGCCAGAGCUCCUACCCUGGCCAAGAACUUCGUGUUCCUCAUCGAGAUGCUGCUGCCUAAAAAGCAGCGUGUGCUCCGCUUUCUAGACAAAGGGGACAGGCGUCCAACCCGAGAGGCACGCGUGGUCGUCUUCUUCGGUGCCCAAGAGCACCCCAACAUCACCGAAUUUGCCGUGGGGCCCCUGCCUUGUCCUACGUACAUGCGGGAGCUGCCCCCAAGGCCCAGGCACCAGGUGUCCUGGUCAGCUAGGCCCAUCACUGCGGCCGAGUAUGCCCUCCUCCACCAAUUCUUUCAGGAGGUUACACAGCCACUGGAGACCUUCUUCUUCCAAACGACUGGCUUCUCAUUCGGAGACUGCAGUGACCACUGUCUUACCUUCACUGAUGUGGCACCCCGAGGCCUGGCCUCAGGCGAACGGCGCUCCUGGUUUAUCAUACAGCGUUUUGUGAUAGGCUAUUUCUUGCACCCCACGGGGCUGGAGCUCCUGGUAGAUCAUCAAAGCACUGAUGUUCGAGACUGGAGGGUGGAGAAAGUGUGGUACAACGGCAAAUAUUACCACAGUCCCGAAGAGCUGGCACGCAAGUACCAGAAUGGAGAGGUGGAUGCUGUGAUCCUGGAGGAGAUGCCCACCCAGGGCUCCCCAGGGCAUGAGAGCGUAGAGGAGAUGCCCCUCUUCUCCAGCUAUUACCCAAGGGGGGAAUUCCCUACACCCUUCACAAAGGCCGGUCCCCAUGUGACCCAGCCGGAGGGACCCCGCUAUAAGCUACAUGGCAACACGGUGCAGUACGGAGGCUGGAGUUUUGCCUAUAGGCUGCGCACGUCCACUGGCCUGCAGAUCAUGGACAUGCGCUUUGGGGGUGAGCGGGUGGCCUAUGAGGUGAGUGUCCAGGAGGCAGCGGCCCUGUACGGAGGCCACACGCCUGCCGGCAUGCAGACCAAAUACAUUGAUGUGGGCUGGGGUUUGGGCAGCGUCACACAUGAGUUAGCCCCCAGCAUCGACUGUCCCGACACGGCCACCUUUCUGGAUGCCCUGCACUUCUACGACACCGACGAGCCCGUCCACUAUCCCCGAGCCCUCUGCCUCUUCGAGAUGCCCACAGGCGUGCCCAUCCGGCGGCAUUUUAACUCUGACUUCAGUGGCAGCUUCAACUUCUAUGCAGGACUCCAGGGCCAGGUGCUGGUGUUACGGACCACGUCGACUGUCUACAACUACGACUACAUCUGGGAUUUUAUUUUCUACAGCAACGGGGUGAUGGAGGUCAAGGUGCAUGCCACUGGCUACGUGCACGCGACCUUCUAUACUCCCGACGGGUUGAAGCAUGGCACCCGCCUGCACACGCAUCUGCUGGGAAACAUGCAUGUACACCUGAUACAUUACCGUGUGGACCUGGAUGUGGCAGGCUCCAAAAACAGCUUCCAGACCCUGCAGAUGAAGCUGGAAAAUGUCACCAAUCCCUGGAGCCCCAGGCACCGCCUGGUGCAGCCGAAACUGGAGCGAGCCCAGUACAUCCGGGAACGCCAGGCUGCCUUCCGCUUCGGACAGAGGCUGCCUAAGUACUUGCUUUUCAACAGCCCUGAAAAGAACAGGUGGGGUCACCAGCGCAGCUACCGUCUGCAGAUCCAUUCGAUGGCUGAGCAGGUGUUACCCCCUGGCUGGCAGGAGGAACGGGGUGUAACCUGGGCCAGGCACCCCUUGGCUGUGACCCGGUACCGGGAGUCAGAGCUGACCAGUAGCAGCAUCUACAACCAGAAUGACCCCUGGGACCCCCCUGUGGUCUUCGAGGAGUUUCUCCAGAACAAUGAAAACAUUCAAAAUGAGGACUUGGUGGCCUGGGUGACUGUGGGCUUCCUGCACAUCCCCCACUCAGAGGACAUUCCCAAUACAGCCACCCCCGGGAAUGCCGUAGGCUUCCUGCUCCGGCCCUUCAACUUCUUCACAGAGGAUCCGUCCCUGGCAUCCAGGGACACCGUGAUUGUGUGGCCCCGGGACAAGGGCCCCAACUACAUGCAACGCUGGAUCCCUGAGAACAGGGAAUGCAGGUUUUCGCCCCCUUUCAGCUACAAUGGAACCUACAGGCCUUUAUGA